UCUCAUUAAAAUGUGAGAAAUUACAUUAUUCUAAAUGGUGGCUGUAUCCAGACGACAAUCGGCAGUACAGAAAAGCAAUCAUCCGCCAUUUGACGUAUAGAAAUCUAUAAGCCAAUAAUUUUAGAUGCUAGCGGCAAGUUUUAGUUUAAAAAUGGUCAGAGGUUUGUUCUCGCUGGGCUUCAUUGUGACCCCCCUCCCCAAAGCAAGCACAUUUUCAUGUUUAUUUUGACUGCAAUGGCAGCAUUUGUGUACGCUGAUUUUGGCUUGCUAAUAAUCACUCAAAUAUGCAAUCCGCCACCAACAUUACCGAUGUUUCCAGGUCAAUAGGCGCCCUCAUCCCUCACAGACACAUGCCCACGCCCUUACUCAAACUGCUGUUUGGAUGCGUCAUCCACACUGCCACUCCCUGACCACGCAGGCACACAUACAAACACACGUCACCGGUCGGGUCCUUGGGCCGGGGGGUCGGCAGACGGUGGCCGCGGGCCGCCGUUGGCGACGGUCGGUGCACGUGUCCCCUCCUUUGGGGGCAUCGAGCCGCUGCCGACGGCGGGGGCACGGCUACUGGCGCAGCCCAUAUCGACCGGGCCAGGUCGGCGACGCGUCGCUGCCGACCUCAGUGGUCACAGCUCUGCCCAGCCGGUCGCUGGGCCCUCUGGAACUCGCCCCUGGAGCACGCACCAGGUCGACGGCCACGACGGCUUGACCCCAUGCAGAACGGAGACCGACAGUCGGAGGCCACAAUGACCCACACCCGUCCUCCGGAGCUGCUGGCUCUGAGGCCAGCCGCGCUCAUCCGUCCCUCCGACGAGACGCCGACGGUGCAGCCCAACUACAACAUGUUCUCGGAGAGCGUGCGCACGGUGACACCCAACGAGCUGCAGUGCUCUAUGUUCUGCGGCGGCAAACGGUGCAAGUAUGAGAGCGGCCGAGAGUGGAGUGAGAGCGAGAUGGCCGUCGACGGCAUCUACUCGCACUGGAUCACGGACGACAUUUUGGCGAUGGCGAGGCCGAACACCAAGACAAUCAGAGAAAAGAGCACAAUCGAGCACUUCCGACGGCUGGGGAUCCGGUCUUUGGUCAACCUUCAGCUACCCGGCGAGCACUCCCACUGUGGCACUAUUGAACAGAGCGGCUUCACAUACGACCCCAAUAUUUUCAUGACCAAUGACGUGUUUUUCUACAAUUUUGGAUGGAAGGACUACGGCGAGCCGUCGCUAGCGGGCAUUUUGGACAUCACCAAAGUGCUAGCAUUUGCACUCACCCAGGGAAAAGUGGCCAUUCAUUGUCAUGCAGGUCUGGGCCGGACGGGCGUCAUCAUCGCCUGCUACCUGGUCUACUGGCUCAGGGUGAAGGCCAACGACGCCAUCCGCUACGUGAGGUUGAAGCGGCCGAACGCCGUGCAGACCAGGGGACAGAUCCUGGCCGUGCAAGAGUUCGAGCAGUUCAUCCUUCCACAGCUGGUCGUCUUCUCAAACAAGGAGCUGGUGAAGGACCGGGACAAGAAGAAGGAGCACCCGGAGUUCACACUGGCCCAGUGUCUGAGUCGCCAGAGGCACGUCCUACACGGCUAUGAGGCACGAGUGCUGCGUCACAUACCCAAGCUGGUUUACGUUCUCUGUGAGCGGCUGGUGCGUCUCUGCGAGCCCGUGUCCCGCUCGCGGUCCGGGGGUCUGUUCAGCGCGGCUCCCGACUACCGGGUCGGUUCGCCGAGCUUCACGGCGUUCUUCAUCGCCGCUCGUCUGCAGGGAGAGACGGCCAGCACUCUCAGCUACUCGCAGAUGAGCACGAUGCCCGUCACCAGCCCGUCAGACUCGCCCGUACCGCACGGUUCGGACAGUCUGAACGGCUCGCGGCUCGGGUCGACUGUGGAUGACACCAGUCUGGACUCGGUGCUCGAUGACGGCAUCCACAACCAGAGUCUGGCGCAGAACGACGUCUACCACGAGAUGAUGUCGCAGGUGGACCUGCGCAAGGCGGCCGAGGACGAACAGAUCCAGAGGGUACCGGUAACCGCCAUUUACGACGCGCUGCUGGUGGACCACGCCCUCCUCGGUCCCGAGUUCAACAAACGCAUCAAGAGCUUCCGAUUGGAGCUCAACAUCCGCCAGUCAGCCUGGGAGAAGCUCGGCACCGAGACGGACCUCAAGGUUCUCACUGGUUUACUAUUCACCUGGCUGGAGCACCUCAAGACACCGAUACUGGACAAGGAAUACCUAACAUACAUAGUGCUGGCGCCAGGAAAAAUCGACUACUGCUUCACCAAGCAGGACAAGGACACCCGGUUCACGGUGGAGUACCUGGUGCGGUUCAUAUCGCGCCUGCAGCCGCUGACGCCCGACCAGCAGAAGAGCCUGCUCUUGCGAGUUGCGGCAGCCCUCACCCAGCAGGGGGUUCCCGUGGAGGGAACUCUGAAGCCUGCAGGUAAGGGCUACUCCAAGAUGCGAGAGGGCACUCUGCGAAAGCUGACCGAGUUCAUGGAGACACUCCUGGAGCUGGUUAGUCUGGAGACGGCCCGGCCGGGCACGCACGUGCCGGCCCGGUCGCUGGACGACGAGCCGUCGGCGCACGGCAAACACUCCAGUCUGGCGCGGGCCACGCUCACGCACUCGCACUCGGAGGAGACAGCCGCCAGCCGGCGGAUGCGGCCGCUGCACACACCCCACAGCUCAGCCAGCAGCUCGAGCCACUCGCCCUCGCCCACCGCCGAUGACAGUCUUCAGGAGCAGCCGCCGCGCGCGUCGUCGUCAGGAAAUGAUCCCUGAGCGUGGCACCCUCUGAGCGCGAGCGCGGGGCGCACGGAGUAGCCCUGAGACGUAGACCACUUGGUCUGUGCCUGAGAGACAAUCGGGUAUAAGUGAGAACGGAUUAACAGCGAUAAAACUGUACCGUGCUGGGAUUCGAACUCGACUUUCCAUCCUAAGAGCCGUCCGAUGUGUCGCGCUAGCGGUACGUAUCGCCACAAUCCAAAUGUGAUUUUGGUAUCUAUAUAGGCGUGCCAGAGAUACUACAGAGUGCAUGCAGGAUCGUCAGGCAUCCGUAUAAAUACUGGGCCAGUCACGGUGGUCGCCGGGGGUCUACAGCUCGCUGAUCCGGUUCGACAAAGGGCCGAGCUCAGUUGUGACGGCACUCAACACGGAGCCAGAGUGAACGUGCCUAGUAUACCGCCGGGUCUUCAGUAUGAUAUGCAAAGUGCUUCUUCAUUAUUAACGGAUGAACACUGUUAUCUUUGGUGCAUUAAGUACGCUGUUUUUCAUAUGGAUCUGCCAAUGCUUACGAUUGAUUGGUUUCAUAGGGGUACCUAUUCCCGGAUGUUAUGCUUGGAGACGUUAUCGUUUUUGCGUUUCAAGCGUUUUAGCGACUUAAAAGGAAGUCAGUGCUGCUCGAGAACUUUAUUGUCCGAUAUUGUUUGACUGUAAAAUAUUGGCAGACGGUA